UAAACACAUACAUACUAGUUGCAGUUCAUGGACAUACAUGAGUUACUUUGACCUUUCUUCAUCCAUUCAUUCUUCUAUCGCAAAUGAAUAUACACAUUUGAAAAUCCUUAAUCAGGAACAACCAGUCGCCUCUCCUUUACCCUCAACAGGCCCUGUAUAGCCUUAUAAAUAAAGACGCGCGCUUAUCAAAGCCAAACCUUACCUUACAUAGGUACACAACACACUCCACGCACGCAUUCCUUCGCGCUCUUCAUUCGGACUCGUCUCUCCUCUCCCCGGCUAGAAGCCGACCGACCGACCGACCGUUAUCCCAUCCCGUCCUAUCCCAAAAUGGCCAGCCACACGACCAGCACGACCCAAUCCACCAUCCUUACCAACGGCCAUGGCCACGUCCAAACCGGAACGGCAGUCGGAGAGCCUGGAACCACGACACGCAAAAACACAGAACGAACCGGCCUCAACUUCCGCCCACCAUGCACAUUGAUCUCUCAACCCAGUGACUUCACUGCACCGACAGUCGAAUUCCUCCAGGGACGAUGGCAUGUCACACACAGUACAUUGCCGAUGUGGAAGACGAACCGUAAUGUUACCAUCACGUAUCGGUCGUUGCCCAAUAACGCAGAGGUGCUUGAUGAUUUGGUCGAGUAUCAGCCUGUGACGAGUGACAAAAGGAAAAGAAUCGAGGGGGUCGAUACACCGGAUGCGGAAAUGCUCGGUGCGUACAGUUGGCGAGGGCGUGGCUUUCUCAAACUUGCGUCGAGUCACUGGCAGAUUCUGGGGUAUGGUGAUGAGGAUGGUGGGUGGGUGGUUACGUAUUUCCAAAAGACGCUUUUCACACCGGCAGGGAUUGAUCUUUAUGCGAGGAGGAAAGGUGGGUUGAGUGAUGAGUUGCUGGAGCAGAUUCGUGGUGAGAUCAGCGCGAUCAACGAUAAGAAUGUCACGAGGUUGGCGGACUUGUUGUUUCCUAUUCACCACAACUGGUAGUGGCACGGUGCAAUGGCCAUGGAAGAGUUCAAUUCCUUGAGUACCCGUCAAAUUCUAUUGUUCGAGAUACCCAUCUAUCAUAGAUAGCACAUGUUCUAGUCUACCCAAUGGCACGUUCAGUCAUGUCUUUUCCUG